UCCGGGCCGCCCCCUUCCCCCCGCCUGCCUGUCUUCCCGGUCUUCGACCUGGGCUACUUCGUGGUCUCCAUCCUCUACCUCAAGUACGAGAGAGGUGCUGUGGAGCUCUCUCGCAACAGCCCCAUUGCCUCCUGGGUCUGUGCCAUGCUGUACUGCUUCGGCAGCUACAUCCUGGCAGAUCUUCUCCUGGGGGAAGCCCCCAUCGACUACUUCAGCAACAACACCAGCGUGCUGCUGGCCACAGCUGUCUGGUACCUGAUCUUCUACUGUCCCUUGAACCUCUUCUACAAGUGUGUCAGCUUCCUCCCCAUCAAGCUCAUUUUCGUGGCCAUGAAGGAGGUGGUCCGGGUUCGCAAGAUUGCCGCUGGGGUCCACCAUGCCCACCACCAUUACCAUAAUGGGUGGUUCAUCAUGGUCAUUGUUGGCUUUGUCAAAGGUUCCGGGGUGGCCUUAAUGUCCAACUUUGAGCAGCUGCUAAGAGGCGUCUGGAAGCCCGACACCAAUGAGCUUCUUCACAUGACAUUUCCGUCCAAAGCCAGCCUCUACGGGGCGCUGCUCUUCACCCUUCAGCAAGCUCAAUGGCUGCCUAUCUCGAAAGCCACCCUCAUCUUCUUCUUCACACUCUUCAUGAUGGUCUGCAAGGUAUUCAUGACGGCCACGCACUCCCACGGCUCGCCUUUUGCCCUCUUCGAAGGCGCCACGUGCUCCGUCCUCUUCGGCUCCGCCACCAGUGGAGGCCACGAGGACCACCCCCACGAUCAUCACCACCACCACCACCCGGAGACGGCCCCUCCCUCGCCGCCUCUCCUGCCCGCCAAGUCCCGGGAGGAGCUCAACGAAGGCACCAGGAAACGGAAAGCCAAGAAAGCCGAAUGAGCGUGAAGAAAUCUGAGGAUCUGGCCGGGAAAACAAGAAGUCAACAAUGAAAC